AUGGCAGCCACAACACCAGUUGCUGCAAUUCAGGCAGAGGAAUCCAAAUCCAACUAUGACUGGAAAAGCGAAGUGAAGGCUUUCGACGAGUCAAAAGCUGGCGUAAAAGGACUUGUAGACGCUGGAGUGUCAGAGAUCCCUCCAAUGUUCAAGCACAAGCAAAAUAAGCUCCAGGAUUUCCCAGUUUCCACCAACUCUAACAUCGAAAUACCGGUUAUUGAUUUCGAUGGCAUCGAUAAAGAUGCAAGUUUACGUAGUAACAUAAUUGAUGAAGUUAAAAAUGCUUGUGAAAAAUGGGGUUUCUGUCAGCUAAUCAAUCAUGGAAUCGAAGCCAGUACUCUAGACGAAAUGAUCGAUGGGAUUCGUAGAUUUCAUGAACAAGACUUGGAGGUAAAGAAAGGGUAUUAUAGCCGCGAUUAUAACACAAAAAAUCUGUUAUACAAUUCCAAUUUUAACUUGCACGAGGCACCAGCAGCUUGUUGGAGGGAUACUUUGACUUUCAUUACAGGGAUCCAUCGUCCUCCCAAACAUGAAGAAUUGCCAGCAACAUGCAGGGACAUAAUGAUCAAAUACACCGAUGAAAUAAUGAAGCUGGGGAAAACAAUAUAUGAAUUGCUCUCGGAAGCUCUAGGGCUAGAUUCCAAUCAUCUGAACGACAUAGGUUGUGCCGAUGGCAUCUUUGCUCCAUGCCAUUACUACCCCGCCUGUCCACAACCGCAGCUGACUUUGGGCGCAACAGCACAUGCUGAUACUAGCUUCAUUACAAUUCUUCUACAAGACCAAAUUGGUGGCCUCCAAGUUCUCCAUGAAAACCAAUGGAUUGAUGUUAAGCCUGUGCCUGGGGCUCUAGUAGUGAACAUAGGUGACCUACUACAGCUAAUUUCCAACGACAAGUUCAUAAGCGCAUAUCACAGAGUAGUGGCGAAAAAAGAAGGGGCAAGAAUUUCAGUGGCAUGCAUAUUUAGAACUCAUCACCAUCCAGAGAAUAGCUCCAGACUAUACGGACCAAUAAAGGAAUUGGCUUCCGAAGAAAACCCACCAAUCUACCGUGAAAUCACUGUCAAAGAAAUUAUAAUGCAUAAACACUCCCAAAGGACUGAGGGGACCUCACAACAAAGCCGAAACGUGCCUCUAUCUGCGAUACAUCAAUUUAAGCUCUGACCUUUGC